CGGAGCCAAACGGUGCUAUAUAAAACAGCCGCGGAGCGGACAGGUGUCACACACCGCUCUGAGACUGGGGCUUGCAAACAAGGAGUCGACUCGCUCCAAACUUCCAACAACUAGACUCUCUCCGAAAAAACGAAGAUGGUUUCGUCCGGCGUACAGCUGCUCGGAAUCGGCCUCUCCGUCAUCGGCUGGAUCGGAGCCAUCGUGACGUGCGUGCUCCCGAUGUGGCGCGUCACGGCAUUCAUCGGCAACAACAUCGUGGUCGCGCAGACCAUCUGGGAGGGUCUGUGGAUGAACUGCAUCGUGCAGAGCACCGGGCAGAUGCAAUGCAAAGUGUACGACUCCAUGCUGGCACUGCCGAGGGAUCUGCAAGCCGCCCGGGCGCUCACGAUCAUCGGUAUCCUGUUAGCGCUGCUGGCGUUGCUGGUCAGCGUCGCCGGGGCUAAAUGCACCAACUGCGUGGAGGAAGAGUCGGUCAAAUCCCGCGUCGGCAUCGUCUCCGGGGCGCUGUUUGUGAUCGCUGGCUUGCUGUAUAUAAUCCCCGUGUGCUGGUCGGCUAACACGAUCAUCCGCGACUUCUACAGUCCGCUGGUCAGCGAGUCGCAGAAGAGAGAGCUCGGGGCGUCUGUCUUUAUAGGGUGGGGCUCGGCCGCUUUGCUUAUAUUAGGAGGCUGCUUUCUGUGCUGUACGUGCCCGGUUAAGAAUGACCAGCAGUACGGGGCUCGCUACACGGGUGGGACAUCCCGCCCCAGGUCGGAGUACUCACCCAAAAACUAUGUUUAAAGAUCUCCUGGUUUUUAUGAGCUUCACAGACGGGGCGUCGCUGUUCCGAAGAACGUUCACCCCCCGUGUGGGCGUGGUUUAGAAUUUUGGAACGUGAAAAAAGGGUGGAGUCUGUUCUGAUCUUCGGGAAUUCUGAAUGACGUAACUGAUGUAAUUCUCAACGCUUGCUUUAAUUUUAAACAUUGUUGGGUUUUUUUUGUACUGAAUUUAAGUCAAUAAAAUUCGUUUUUAAUUG